AUAAUGUUUAGCCUGCUAAACUAAUAGGAAGUUUUUACUUGGUUUUUUGAUAGGUCUUUGAUGCUGUAAAGCCCUCUCAUACAUGUUUCCAAAUGAAUUAGCUGAUACAUUUUGCAUGCUUAUAGUAUUUAGUUUUAAAGUGGUUCUGCCUGAGGCACGGUGGUGCAGUGAGUAGUGAUGCUGCUUUACAGCAGCUGGGUGGUGCAAGAGGACAUGGAUUUAAUCCCAGCUCUGUCUCUGGGGAGUUUGCAGGUUCUCCCCAUGUCUGUGUAGGGUGCUUUGAUUUCUUCCCACAUUCCAAACGCAUGCAGUUCACAUGGAUUGAUAAGUCUAGAAAUUGCCCAUAGUGUGUGAAUAGACAAUGAACCUGGACUAGCACUGACAUAGCAGUUUGUCCACCUUCCCAUCUAUCUUCCUUAUUCAAAGUACAGUCUCCUUGGCCCUGUCCUCAUAGCAUCAGGAUCACCUUGCAACAAAGCGGUGCUAAGUGCUUUAUCUAUUUUAAAGCAGCAGGAGAAACUGGUCUAUGUCACUUCAAGAACUGUGCUGACCAGGACGACCAGAGGUGUGAGUACCAAUUAUGGGAAACUUUUGAUGCACUGCAGGAUGAACUGAGACCCCUCUCCAAGCAUCUGUAGGUGAAUGUGUGUGUCCUAACAUAUCAGGCCUUGGUGCUCUCCAAAGAAUAAAGGCUACUCCGCCACCUAUUCCACAUCACUGGUGGACGUUUUGGAUUUUCCUCCAGAGUUUGGAUUCAUCAACCGCUUCGGUCCGUGGAAUGCGACCAUGUCAUGCCUCAGUGAGCUUUAUCCAGUCAACACGGUCUACGCUGUCUCCUUUCUGGAGCAGCUCAAGUUCUUCUAUGAGAAGAAACUGCUGACAGAUGUGGUACUGAUGGUCGAGGAUGCUGAGAUCCCAUUCCACAAGACGGUGUUGGCCACGUGCAGCUCCUACUUCAGAGCCAUGUUCAUGAGUGGCCUGAGCGAGAGCAAGCAAAGCCACAUCCAUCUGCAGAAUGUGGACUCAGCCACCCUGCAUAUGAUCAUCACCUAUGCGUACGCUGGUAACCUGGCCAUUACUGACAGCAUGGUGGAGCCGCUCUAUGAGAUAGCAUGCUUCCUGCAAGUAGAUGAUGUGCUGCUUCGUUGCCGGGAGUAUCUAGUGAAAAAGAUCAACACAGACAACUGCGUGCGCAUGCUGAGCAUCGGUGACCUGUUCGGUUGUGCCAAGCUAAAGCAGAGUGCCAAGCGUAUGAUUGAGCACAAAUUCCCAUCUGUGUACAGGCAGAAGGCAUUCUUGCAGUUGUCCCAUGAGCUCCUGGUGGACGUUCUGAGCAGUGACAAUCUCAAUGUAGAGCGGGAAGAAACGGUGCGUGAGGCGGCUAUGCUGUGGCUGAAGCACAAUAUGGAGUCACGUUCACAACACCUGUCCUCAGUGCUCAGCCAGAUCCGCAUCGAUGCACUGUCCAAGGUGACGCAGUGUGCUUGGUUCCAGAGUUUGCCGCCCAAUGACAAGUCUGUGGUGGUGCAAGGCCUCUACAAGUCCAUGCCCAAGUUCUUCAAGCCUCUCCUGGGCAUGACCAAGGAGGAAAUGCUGAUCUUUAUGGAGGUGGCUUCUGAGUAUUCAGACACGUGUGUGCAGGCUGUGGUGUUUCUGGGCAUGCUUUGCAUCUUUGUUCGUGAGGCACACACGAACGAGCAUGCACACUACACCAUCUACCAAUACGACAUCGAGCUGGACUGCUGGCACUCGCGCCAGCUAGUCUCCGAACGUGUACUCUGGGACUUGGGCAAGGACUUUCGCUGUACUGUGGGUAAGCUGUACCCUCCUGUCUGGAGGAGUCUCCUUGGAAGCCUCCCACGUACCUGUUAGCCCCUGACAGGACAGAAGAAUUUGAGGUGGACAGUGAGAUGGUAUCCCUGCCGCACUUCUAGCUUCCAGAAACUUCCUCUUCUCUCUCCCGUCUUUUAGAACUUUAGAAGGGAGUGGAGUUACGAAUCAAAACAAGAGUAUACAGUUAAAUUCGAUCUGGUUCGUAAGAACAUGUACGAUGUACGAUUGUUUUCUAUGAGCAGCAGCUGUGAUCUUUGAAUCUGUAUUGGUCCUCGCUUUUCUAACUGGUGCAGAGACACUGGGGUGCUGCCACUGCUGUGCUGCUAAUCUCCACACUCCCCAGCAGUACCAAAUUGUUUACCUCAGGCUGACAUUGUACUACACCUGCGGUUAAAUAUCUCCUGUAUUCAAGUUCUUUCAUCUUUUACUUCUGGAUAGGAAUACUGGUCUGUUUUACCGUUUUUAAUAGUGUGUCAGUGUGACUGAUUGACAAUGAUGACAUCAGCGCACUCCAGAGCAACUGGCAACUAUACUACAAUACCUCUUGUCUUGUCCCAAUGCUGAUGAAGGGUAGACCUGCACUUCUCAUGGCAACUAUGAAUAGGAAUGUGGAUAACGGCUGUUUUUGUGUGUGUAGGGGGGAUGUCAAUGAUGCCUGCAAGUCUGGUCACCAACUGUGACAUGCCCCCUUAACCCUUCCUUAUCCAUGUUUCCUUGGUUAGUCACCAAAAGUUUUCCCAAUGAAGUGUACCCAUCAACCAUUUCUGCCACAAAGCACUGCUUGAUGUUGGGAACCCCUCCUCACCCCACCCAUAUUCCUCCUUCACAUGCGGGUCUUUUUAGUACUAUUGUUACAGUAACUUUGGGCUCAUGUAUUUUUA